UUUUUUUUUUUUUUUUUUUUUAAUCCUGUUCUUCCAGAAGCUUCUUGCUCACUCGUGAACUUUGGAAGUUGCGGGACGUCGCCGGGACGGGGACCUGCCCCGCGCCCUCCUUCCCCUUCACGUGCGCCCCGGGACUGCAAGAGCUGCCGACACACCGAGCCAUGGCUGAGGGGUGGCUGAACAGCCUGCAGGCAGGCAAGGACAGAGGGCACACGGGCAGUGUGGGGGGCUCGCAUGAUCUCGAUGACAGCCUGACCAGCCUCAUGUGGCUGCGUGACUUCUCCAUCGUUGACGCCACCAUGGGCAAGUCCUCCUACUGCCCCAGUGGCCCAGACCUGCACGACAGUCACAAGGUCCCCAGCUUUGCUGCUCCAUGCUCACCUUUGGCUGCCGACCCAGCGUGCAUGGGCAUACCACACACCCCCUGCAAUCCCAUCUCCUCUUCCACCUCAAGGACAGCCAACCACCCCGUGGCCAUGCACCCGCAGCUCGUGGAGGACAUUGACUACAAGACCAACCCGCACGUCAAGCCACCCUACUCCUAUGCCACCCUCAUCUGCAUGGCAAUGGAGGCCAGCAAGAAGCCCAAAAUCACCCUGUCCGACAUCUACAAGUGGAUUACGGACAACUUCUGCUACUUCCGACACGCUGAUCCCACCUGGCAGAACUCCAUCCGGCACAACCUCUCCUUGAAUAAGUGCUUCAUCAAGGUGCCCCGGGAGAAAGGCGAGCCGGGGAAAGGCGGCUUCUGGAAGCUGGACCCCCAACACGCUGACCGGCUCAAGAACGGUGCCUUCAAAAAGCGGAGGACAUCCCCCGUGCAGAUCCACCCGGCCUUCACCAACGGGGCCCAGCCCGGAGCACCGUUUGCCACCAGCUCAGCUGCUCCGGCUUGCACCUCCAGCAGCAUCCUCACUGUCAACACCCAGUCACAGCAGCUGCUGAAAGAGUUUGAAGAAGUCACCGGUGGCCACAACGCGAAUGCGGCGGACGGCAAGGCAGGGCACAAGCGCAGGCACAGCUCGCCCAAGAGAACAGCCAAGGUGCCUCGGCUUUCCAGCUCAGCCUUGCUGACUCAGGAAGAGCAGACCGAGCUGGGGUCGCUGAAAGGUGACUUUGACUGGGAAGCCAUUUUCAACACCAACCUGAAUGGAGACUUCUCUGCUUUGGGGGACCUGGACCUCAUGCCUGCCAUCAGCAUCGUAACACGUGACCUGGACUUGAUGUUACAUGGGCACCACGUCGACUGUCCCCAGGGGCAGGAGCAGGUCCUCACUGAGUCCAACAAGAACAUCCUGGACAUUGACGAAACCUUCAUGGCCACUUCUUUCCUGCAGCACCCCUGGGAUGAAGGGACAAAUGAUUACCUCUCCAACUGUGUCAACAUGGAGCAGUUAUUUGACCUCAACGAUGCCUCUUUACCAGCAGAUGAGAGCGACUGGAGCAGUCUGGCGUCCCUCUUAUAAAGUAGCCAGUCACCAUUCAAAGCCCGCACAGACUUUAGUAGGAUGUGCCCCCCAUGCUGCUGGGAAUUACAAGGGACAAGAUUUUCUAGAGACAGAGACCUCCACAGUGACUUUUACCAGCUUCAUUGUACGAUUAUUCACAGAAACACCGGGGGGGAGAAAAAACCACCACCACAGGAACUCCUUGAUAGAUCAUUAAAGGACACAUCAGAAUUCUCUGGUCCACCAGUUUCCUCAAGGCAAGAAAUAUAACACUACUUAUUUUUUUACUUUUGGAGGAAGAAAUUUGAACUACAAUAUUUCUUUUUCCAUGGAGGUGGUCACGGCAUAUGUUCCUUCAGGGCUAAAGGAGAACACCUGCUACAUCCCUUCUAAGACAUGAGGUUCCUGGUGGCUUUAGGACUUGAUAGACUAAGUGCAAUUUCUUCACCCUUUCGUCUUGCCGUUUCUCAUUCCUUUUUCUGUCUGAGGUAGCUGGUAGGUACAGCGUGUUAAUUAGCAGCAAGCAAAUAGAGGUCCCUUCUGGAUUGUUCUGAGUUCAGCCUCCCUCCUGACUUGUGCCUAGGGAAGAAGAAGAAGAAAAGGUUUAUAAAUUCAGCAAGCCUGCCUCUUUAGAUGUUUUUAUAUAAUCUAUUAUAUAUUAUAUAUUCAAAGAAACCUAUAUUUUUAGCACUAGACUUUCUUAAUAGUGGGAGGAUAGGGGAAAAACAGUUUGGGGGCUGUUUUGUAUUUUCACUCUUUAAAGGCUUGUGUUCACUGUUCUGUAAACCAAGACUACGCAAGGGAUAAUUCCUGCAGCAGCAGCAGCAGCAGCAACAACAGGUUUUGAUAAGAAUCCAGCAAUUGGUCCUGGCGGAAGAGCAGCAGGGACUAGGGCUCUCCCAGAACUGUCUUUCAUAGUUUUUGUAACCAAAAUCCUUGCUGUGCUUGCCAAAGGGCCAAGACCACCGUAAGCCCUCCCUGUCUUUCACCAGCUGACAUAGACCCUCUCCAUUUUUUUGGACUGAUGCUGUUGCCCUCCACUACCUUUGCUCAUCCAUCAGGCUCCAAGUGGCUGCCAGGGCAAUGCAGGACCCUGAUUAAGGAGACACUUUUGGGGGAGCUGUAAGGGAACUGCCGUUGCAUGGCCAUCAGCUGGUGUUGAUGUGUCAAACCACAUCCAAUGCUGCCAGGUGGGACUGAGAAGGAAAGAAAUUCACAUUCAGGCUCCACUCAAGAGCUCAGGCCAAACACUGUGCGUGCAACGGGCUCUGGGGACAGCAGUGAAGAUCAAGUCCCGUGCAGCUGGGAACAGCUCAUCAGCUGGCAGAGCCGCAGGCUGGACACACACGGAAGCUUUGGCCCUUUGACUUGGGGUGCAGCAAGAGCGUGGCAGGGUCUCAGCAAAGUAGCUCAGAAGCAUUCUGAGAGUGGAGCCAAACUCUGCAGAAACAUGACGUGGAGCUCUCAAGCACUACAUUCUUUGCCUCUCCUUUGCUGUAGGUUAUUAGAAGUAAGAGUAGCCAUUAGGUGGGAGUAAGUAGAAGCAGUAGUUUUAGUGGUGUGUCUUAGACUUGCCGAAAAUUGGUACAUUGGAGGAUUGUACAUAGUUCGUUUUUUGUCUACAAGAGCACUUCGGACCUUCAUGUAAGCAAUAUAAUUGAGAGAAUAGUUGUAGUUUAUCAAUAAAAAAGCCUUAAAAACAAAUAUAAAUUACACUUAGAGUAAUUUGCACCCAGAUCUGGGGAGAGUGUUGGAGCCGUGGAAGUAGGAGCGCAAGUCCCGCAUUCCCCCCGAGUAAAGCAUGGGCCAGGAUGAGAACCAUCACGUUCAGUGCAUGAAAGCAACGGAGCUGGGGCUGGGCCGCUGCCUUCCCCCGGUGAGAUGCUUUGCCAUGGGAUGCCACCACAUGGCUGGGGAUGGUGUCCCUGGGGCUGGGGCGUGAGGACCAUGUCUCUGGGGGGCUUUGAGGGCCGGUGUAGAUGUUUAUAUCUGUAUUGACAAUGCUUCUUUGUAUUUCUUGCUUUUGUUAUUUUGUCCUGGUUUAGGGCCUCUAUACUGAUGCUGAAGAACUGCAGAGACACGUGUGCAAUUUAACCUUUUUCA